GUGGAGUAUGUAAACAAAAGAAAGGGGGGAAAAUCUCAUUCAAACUGCUUAUUAAGUCUCCUCUUCAGUACAAGGUUGUGUAAUGUAGAAGCACUAUAUACAGGGGCCUUCUGAAGGCUUCUUCUUUAUUCUACUUUGGAGCUGAAGGCUGUCUUGAACAAUGUUGCUGCCCCAGAUACUUGGAGCAGUGGUUGCUUUCUUAGUGGCAUGUCAUGCUGAGGAACACUGUACUGGAAUUCCUGGAAUCCCUGGCACCCCAGGAACAAAUGGAUUACCUGGAAGAGAUGGAAGGGAUGGUAUGAAAGGAGAUCCAGGCCCACCAGGUACUCAGGGCCCACCUGGUGGCAUGAUGGGUCCUCCUGGAAGAGAUGGGCUUCCUGGGUUAACAGGGCCCAAGGGUGACCAAGGCGAGAAGGGGGAAAGAGGGGAGCCUGGACAACGAGGACUACCUGCUUCUCUUGACACUGAAUUAGAAGGUAUCUUAAGUACCUUAAGACAUCACAUUGCUGCACUUGAAGGAGUCCUUGCCUUGGAAGGGACAAUUACAAGAGUGGGAGAAAAAAUGUUUGCUACCAAUGGAAAAGAAGUUGAUUUUGCAACUGUAUUAGAUGUGUGUGAACGAGCCGGUGGCUCUGUUGCAGCUCCCAGGAAUGAAGAGGAGAACAAUGCUAUUCUAAGUAUUGUGAAACGAUUUAACAGACAUGCUUACCUGGGCAUAAAAGAAAGUCCAAUCCCAGGUGAAUUCAGUUAUAUGGAUGAGACACCCCUGAAUUAUACUAAAUGGAAUCCAAGUGAGCCCAAUGGUAAAGGAGCAGAAAAAUGUGUAGAGAUGUACACUGAUGGCGGCUGGAAUGACAAGAAAUGUAAUUAUUAUCGACUCACAAUUUGUGAAUUUUAAGCUCUAAAUGGCCAUGUCUAUACAUUCAUUAAUGUGCAGUAGUUACUGUGCAUUUCAUUUAGUAUUUUCUUA